CUUGUCACUCGAAGUAAGUACCAUAUAAUAUUUUGUUUUGUUUUUGUACCGUCGGCCGAUUAGGCGGGUCCCCGCCGUCGAUGAUAAUAACCGGUGGUGUUAUUAUACCUAGUGGUGGUGCACUCCGUUUCGACGAUGGUAUUAUUAUUAUCAUGAGUGUCCACUGUCGGCACGUGCGCCCGUACAAUCAUCGCAUCCCUCGUGUUUAAUCGUCUAGAACAUGCCUGCCGCCGCCGUCGAGGAUAUCCAAGCACCUGAGCAGGAAACCUACGUGGGACCCGAGUGCGGCAUCAAAGACGUGUGGGCGUACAAUUUGGAGGAGGAGUUCGCGUGCAUACGGAAAAUAUUGCCAAAAUAUUGCUAUGUGGCCAUGGACACCGAAUUCCCCGGAGUGGUGGCCCGGCCCAUCGGCGACUUCAAGACCACUUCCGAUUACCUGUACCAGCUGUUGCGUUGUAACGUCGACCUGCUGAGAAUCAUCCAGUUGGGUCUUUCGUUUUUCGACGAACACGGCAAAACGCCCGACGGCUACUCGACGUGGCAGUUCAAUUUCAAAUUCAACUUGUCGGAAGACAUGUACGCCCAAGACAGUAUAGAGCUGCUGACGAAAUCCAGUAUACAAUUUCAAGAGCAUCAAGAACAUGGGAUAGAUCCUACAGACUUUGCCGAGUGUAUAAUCACGUCCGGUUUAGUGUUGAUGGACAAUAUAAAAUGGAUGACGUUUCACAGCAGUUUUGACUUUGGAUACCUGGUAAAAGUGUUGACGGACGAAAAACUACCUCAAGAGGAGUCAGAGUUUUUCGACAUGUUUUCCUUAUACUUUCCGUGUGUGUAUGAUAUCAAAUACUUGAUGAAGAGCUGCAAAAACUUGAAGGGCGGCCUGCAAGAAGUAGCCGAUCAACUAGAAUUAAAACGGAUUGGUCCACAGCAUCAGGCUGGCAGUGAUUCUCUGCUGACUGGCAUGGCUUUUUUCAAAAUAAGAGAUAUGUAUUUUGAAGGAAUGAUAGAUAGUAAAAAGUAUUGUGGUCAUUUGUAUGGCUUAGGUAUUACCACGUUGAACAACGGCCAAAUACGGUAUGAAGGGCCACUUUAAAUUAACUUACCAAAAACAAUACCACAAAUUUGCCCUCUCAAUUUAUUUAUUUUUAUAUGAUUUUGUUCACCAAUUGUGGAUGAAAUUGAAGAAUUAUAGAGAUAAAAUUAGUUUAGAUUUAUGUUAAGAACAUUUAAUUAAAAGAAAUUGUCUACUUUAAA